UCUCUCCCUUUUCUCACUGGCCGUGAGCACGGCGUGAAUAGCGCACGUUGCGCUACACCAUGUGCUGCUGCUAUGCUGGGACGCAAGAGAGAAGACCUAGCCUCCAAGGGCGGCGCAAAAAAACGCAAAAAGUGGCAGGAAGAGUCAGACGAUGACGAAGAGCCAGAAGAAGCGACGGUGACGGCAGAAGAAAUGGAGGAAUGGAAGGCGAAGAUGGCAGAAGAAGAGAAGCAAGAGGAGCGGGAGCGCCAAAGACGUGAACGCGAACAGCGAGAGGAGGCCGAGCGGCAGGAACGAGAGCGCCAGAAGCGCAUUGAGGAGGAAGAGCGCGAGAGGAAAGAACUUGAAGAGCAGCUCGAAGAGGAGGAACGAGAACGACAGAAUGCUCGCCGAGAAAGAGCCGAGAAGGUAGCACAAGAGGUGAAGAGGCUUUGGGAUCAGCCACCAGUCGAAACUUCUCCUUCGCCUGUGCGAACCGUGCCGCCACGUGUGGUUCCGGUUCCGGUGCCUCCAGUUGCUGUGGGGACGCCGCCGGUGCCCGUGAUGACUCCGCUGAUGCAGGCACAAGCCGCAGGUGCAAACAUAGCGGCAUCGCUGAUGGCAUCCCACCCUGCAUCUGGAGGAGAGGAGGGGGAUGUAACUGUCCACGUUCAAGUACCUGCCUCUCGUGUGAAGGAUCUACUCGGUGUGCAGGGAAGGAACAUCAAAGCCAUCAAGUCCCAGACAGGGGUCAUGAAGGUGGGCGUCCUCGACCGCAAUGAUCCAGCCAAUGUGGAGAUUGUGGGCUCUGCAGCGGCUGUGGAGCAGUGUCGCGCCUUAGUGCAAUCCGUAGUUGAUGGUGACCUAACGGCCAUCGGCAACAUCUCGGAAACGAUGGACAUUGAUUCCCGGCUGAUUUCUAGACUCAUUGGACCGAAAGGCCAGAAUAUCUCCAACAUGAAAGACCAGAGUGGUGCCUACUUGGCAGUGAAGGAGGUGUCACCAGGCGUCAACAAGGUGGUGAUCACUGGCUUCCCUGACUGCGUGGCCAGGGGUCGCGAGCUGGUUGUGAAUUUCAUGAACCAGGAUCACUCCUUGAUGCCGACAGGUAUGCCAGGUCAAGGCUUGCCUCCACAAAUGCCAAAUGGGAUGCGGCCCUGUGGCUUUGGGCACCAGGGUGAAGAUGGUAUGCCGGCAAGAAUGCCAGUACAAGGGAUGCCGCAGAAUGCUUGGGGUCCUGGUCCUGGCAAAGGAUUCGCCAAGGGUGCGAAUCAGUCUCCAGGUUGGUCCAAUGAAUGGGAAGGUCAGUCCUGGCAAGGAGAUUGGCAAGCACCAGCUUGGCCCGACCAAGCUUGGGGCAAAGGCAAGAACAAUUGGAACCCUUCCAUGGGAAAUCAUGGUGACUUCGGCAAAGGAGGAGCCUUCCAGCCGGAGACAUGGGAGUGGGGCAACGAGCGACAGGAAGCCAACUGGGCUCCCAUGGCACCAAUGGGAUCUGCCAUAGCUCCCAUAGGAGCUCCCAUUGGAUCUGCCAUUGGAUCUUCCAUGGGACCUAGCAUGGCGCCUGCCAUAGGGUCUCCUGAUACGACGUCCUGGGAUGAUCAACAAGGUCCUGGAUGGUCGCAGGAGUGGGAUCCAGCGUGGCAGCAAAGGUGGCCACAACCUGCUGGAUUUGGCGGCUUCAGUGGAGCCCAGAACGGAGCCAUUGGAGCUGGUCAAGCCUGGAAUGCUUGAGAUCCCAAAACUGCGAGGCGGCGUGCUUUGAUGGUGCGAAUGCAGCCGCAAGUGGUUGAGG